AUGAGUUCAACGGAUCGUUCAAUAUCAUCUGGGUUCCCAAUACCCCAAUGGAUGAAAUCUAAAAUUAAUGAUCGGUUAGUUUGUAUUUUAAUACCAAUAAUUCUUGAUGUUAGGAUAAUAGACGUUUUAUUUUUUAUUGUUUGUUUAAAUAUAUUUUUCAUAUAAAAAUAAACUAAUAAUUUAGUUAACCUAACUUAAUUAAAAAUAACCUAUUCAAAUUAAUUAAUUUUACCUAUACCAGUUAAUAAAUUCAAUUAAAAAUGUCAUUAAAGGUAGGUAAUACUGAAACAAUAAUAAUAAUUUCAAGUUUUCGUUUUAAUUUUAAACCUAAAAGAUUAUUGAAUUAGAUUGUGCAAUAAAUCAAUUUUUCAUUCACAGAUAACAUUAUAUCAAAACAUUAGGUAGACUGUCCAACAGUGCAACAAUAAUAUGUCCACUACCUAUGUAUUAACAAACCUGUAUUACAUAUGUUUUUAAUUUUAAUUAUCGUAUUUAAAUUGAAUAGAUUAUUAUUUGUUAUCUAACUUUUUGGUUACACUCCAAUAAUGACAUGUUUCAAGUUAAUACCUAUUAAGAUACCCAUAGGUAUAUAUUACUUGAUUGUAAUUUUUAAACAAUUAGAUGGCAUUAAAAAAAAAAUGACAUUUCUUAAUAUUAUUCUUAUAAUACUUUAUUUAUUUGAUGUAUGACAUGAAGAGUAACACAUAAAUACAUUUUCUAAAAUAAAUAAAUUGAUGAUAAAACAUAAAACAUAAAAUAUUUAACAUAUUCAUAGAUAGGUAUCUAUACUUAUCUAAAGGCUACAGAUAAUACUAAAGAGUAUAGUAAUACUAAUUACUAAUCAAAAAUAACUAUAUACCUAUACAAUUAUUUUUAUAAAUUAACCAAUAAUACCUAUGUAAACCUAAUCUAAGUAGGUACUAAGUUUAGUAUUAGUUGACUUGUGGACUGUUGUGAUUGAAAUAGAUACUUGAAUACCUAACCAAUAAAAUUGUACAAUUUCAACUUUAAAAAAAUAUUACUGAUGUUUAUGUCACUGUUGUAAUUAAGAAUCUAAGAUACAUAAAGUUAUUUAAUUUAUAUCUAAAUUCAGAGAUAAUCCAAUGCUAAUAAAAAAUAAUUCUUAGUGCACAUUUUGUUAUUUUUUACUAUAAAAUACAACUUUUAAUUAAUCUCGUUUUAAAAUAUCCAGCAUUUUUGUUCGAUCAAACAAUUGCAUCAACAUAAAACAAAAUAAAAACUAAAAAAUUGACAAUGUCAAAUGCAUAUAAAUACCUCAAAAAUCUACAGAAUAUGUUGAAAAUAUCAUCAUUUCUAGAAAAGUAAUAUAACUUUCUUUAAAAACUUCAGCCCUAUGAUUAUUUUUAACCAAAUUAUAGCAAACAAGAUUAAAAAUAAUGAAACCGGUAAUACAGUAAACUUUUCUAUUUUCCUACCCUUUUUUCCAAUUAUUAAAAAAUCUAACUAGAUUAACUUAGCACCAACUAGAUAAAUAUUUAGAAAAUAUAUAUUUUUAAUUUUUUGAUUGGAACAAAAUUUUUGGUAGAGAAAUUGUUAACAGAAAGAAAAUUAAAUUACAAAUAAAAAAAUAAGUACACAUCUUAUUAAAACCUUACUCUGCUCAUAAUCUAAAAAAAGUUUUAAGCAUUAGAAAUAAAGAACACAAAGAAACACAAUUUUGUUUUAUUACACUUUGUCCACAACAAUAAUAUCUGCUUGGCUUUUAAAUUAUUUUAUUGUAUAAAAAUUAAUUUCAAUAAUGAAGCAUUAGGAAGUUUGUUUAAUUUAUUUUUUAAUAAUACGCGAGCAAGAGUCAUAUAUACAUAGAGUAACAGUGGUGAGAAUAUUCAGUUUAUAAAAAAGAUAAAGAGUGAGAAUGGUAUAGUAGUUCAAGUUGAGCCUAUUUGAUAUUUUAAAGUAAUAGUUUACUACAAAACAUAAGAAAUAUGGUUAGUCUGCCUAAAUAAGAGAAUCCAAAACCUAGAUGUAGCUUAAGGUGUAAACUGAAAAGUUUAAUUAUUAUGUAACAAGUAAAUAUCAAUUCAAAACCAAGGUAGAAAGUAAAAAGAUCUCGAAAAAAAGUAAGCUUGAUAAGACACAUUAGACAUAUUAUCAUUAAUGGAAUGAAUAAAGUUUUAAAAGUACAUACAAAGCAUAUUAUUUAUUUAAGUUUUAACUGAACAAUCAUUGAAUUAAAUUGUCAAAAUCAACUACCUACCUAGCAGUAUUUUACGAUUUUCUUUUAAGUAGAUGUGCAUGUGUUUAGGUUGUUAGUAGACUUAGCAUGUCAGUAGAUGUACAAAAUACUAGUGUGGAAAAGUUGAGAGAAUGAUCAAUGCGUGACUUGAUAUUAUUUAUAUAUUUAUUACUUAAAUAAUUCAUUAUUGUAAAUAUAAAAGUCUAGGUAAAAUUCUAUGUUGUAAAAAGCGAUUUUCAAGUACGUAGUUAUCCGUGACUGAUUAUAAAAAUAGGUUUUAUUUAUUAUCACUUCAAAUUCUAUACUAUUUAUUAGCUUUGAAGUGUGUUUUAAGUAUAUGUAUAUUAAGUAGACUACUUGAAUUUAUUUAACCUGAAUGAUAAUUUGUUUUGUUAAAUAUACCUAAUUAAAUUCAUAUUUCUUUUAGAUUUGACCUGGACCAACAAUCAUUUCCUUUACCAGCAACAGAUGACAGUUUCUUUUUAGUUCGUUAUUUGAAACAAGAUACAGCUAAUGAUAAACAAAUUGAGAGUUUAUUGACCAAAACAAAAUCAUUAGACGAUAAUAUACCGCAGAAAACUAUUCAGAAUUUAAAUAAAAUGCCUCCAGCGUUGAUCGUUACAGAAACACCAGAAUUUAAAGGUCAUACACUUGCUUGCCAACGCUUUAUUACAAAUACUUGUGCUGGUAAGUAAUUAUUUUGAUUCCAUAAGGUAAAAUUAUAAAUAUAUUUAUAAUGUUGAUUACAACAAUUAAAUUCAGUCUAUUACAAUAAAAAAAUGAAAUGUUAAAUUUAAAGAAAAUUUAGAAUCACAGUGUUAUAAACAAUUUCCUACAUCAUCAAAAUCUAGUGAAUUUAACGAAUUUUCAUUUUACAAACAUGGUUUGUCUUUUAUUAUUCAGUGUAAAAAUUAAUCUUAUUAGAAUAUUAAAUGAUAAACUAUUUUUGUAUUACUCAUCAUUAUGUAUUAGUCAUACCAUUGUCAAGGUCAAUUUUGAUCUUAUAAAUUGUUCCUUCAAUCACUAAUCAUUGAUGGAAUGAUGUAAUUUAAUCACCUAGGUAUAUGUUAAUAAUGAUAUACAUAUAAUAUUAUAAAUACGUUUUUAGUAUUACCUAAUAAUAGGAUAGAUAAUUACUAUCAUAUCAAUAGCAAUUUGUUUAUGAUACCUGUUGAUAAUAUAAAAAACGUAUGUACACAUUCAAUUUUGCUGGGGUAUUAUUAUUUGUUAGGCAUGAAAUAUUUGAGUAUAAAUAUAAUAUAUAGUUUAAUACAACCACUGUUGAUGUCUUGACUUGAUAAUUGUUAGAUAUAUAUAGUUUAGAAAUUUGUUUUAUAUUUUAAUACAAUUAACAUACUAGUACUUGUAUAUUAUCUGGAACUCUUAGUUCCUUAAAAAAACUAACCAAAUUACGGGGUUAUUCUACUUAGAUAUUAUCUAAAUCAAAGAAAAACCAAAGUUGAUUUCACCAUAGGAUACUCCUUAAACGUUAUUAAAAAUCUAAGUAUUCAAAAAUAUCAGUUUUAACAACGCUUAAAAAUUCCCAAAAUCAGAAUAUACACAAAAUUUUACCAAAACAAAAUAAGGUGAGCACGCUUAGUUUUUAUACUAAUCAAAGAUACAUGGAAUAAAAAAUAAAACAGAAUUUGAUUAUCUUUAUUAUCUCCAGAUAUAUUACAAUUGGAUGGGUAUAUCUCCGUGGGAUACCCCAUGGUAUGUGUGUUAGUGUGUAUAUGCAAUUUAUAUUAUCAGUUUCCAAUUUAAAAUUAAGUCUAAAAUAUUUAUUAUAUUUGAUGUGAUAUUUAUCCCAUUAGUUGGGUAAUUUUCAUACAGAGUGGAUAGUCCUAGAUAAAACUUAUGUAUCUACUACAAUAUAUCGGUUUAUAUUGAUAUAAUAAUACAAGUUUUAGCUGUAAAUACAACUUGUAUAUAAGGGGGGAGAAAAUAAUAAUUAUGUAUAACAUAUUUCAUUGCUAAUGAAGGUCAUUUUAUGGUAGUAAUUUAACACUAUUACUCAAGUUUGCCUACAUCAUCUAAAAUAUUUACUAUUUUACUACCUAUACAGUUUAAAAUUCGAAUGAGUUUAUAUUAUUAUUUGUAUGGAACAUUGUAUGUAUUUGGGAUGAAAACAACAGACAAUUGCUUACAUAUAAUAUAUUUUUUUUAUAAUAAUGUAUAAAUUUAUUACUUAUCAUAUAAAUAAUUUGUUACUAUUAUAAGUUAAACAAAUAAAAUAUUAUACGUAGAAUUAUUUAUAUCAUAAAUCUAAAUUUAAUAAUAUUGUCAUAUUAGAUACAUGAUUUAAUUUAAAAAAUUAAAUAAUUGGUUUUCUUAUUUUUAUGAUUAACAGAUAACUGUUUAAUUUUUUUGAAAAAGUGACUUUUUCGUGUACAAUUAUUUAUGUUUCUAACAAUCUAAUUACACAAUUUGUUGAGAAUUUGCGUGUCCAAUGAGGAUUUUGUAAGAAACAAAAAUUAAUAAUUUUUUUGGUCUGUUUAUAAAAAAAAAUGUUCAAUAUUUCAUAGUACUACAAAUAAUACAUUUUUUUUUUUUUUUUUUCAAAAUAUAAAUUUAAUAUGAUACUUGAAAACAGUAUAUUAAUGAAACUGCUAUUAUAAUUUUGGUAUUAAAUAAUACUAAUAUGGAAAAACCUUAACAACUCAACAUACGAUUAAUUCCUAUCAAUAUACCUUUCUAUAUAGCCCCAAGGUUUAACAUGAACACGCCCUUUCAUAUAAAAUUUUGCGCUGUAAAAUACUCCAUCCUCUAUUCCGUGUGUCCUCAAACACAAUCUCUCCUAUCUAAUUUUAAAGACUAGAAAAAUCUUAAUGUAUAAAAUUGCAAUACUUAAGAUUAUAUUGUUUUAAUGGUUUCCUCAAUUAAGUUUAUACAUAUUUUUAUAAUCACCAAUUACCUUUAAUUUGACUUAAUUUAACUUUAGUAAUAAUUUUACAAGUUCUUUGUUUAUAUUCAAAAUUGAUUUAUUAAUUUGUAUGUUGUAUUGUAAUAGCUUAAGUGAUUAGUAUUAUCAGACAAUGACCACUUGACAUAAAGUAUGCAACUGUUCAGAAAAUCUCAAAAUUAUAAUAGGAGAUAUUCAUCCUUUUCUAUUAUAUAUAAGGAUAUCUAAUUUAUACCAUGUGUGUUUACAUUUUUAAAUUUAUUUUAAUUGUUUUUUUCUUCAUUGGGUGUUGUAGUAUUUUAUUUACCCAAUAACGUUUUACACAUGUACACUGUACAUACGCCACACAUUGUAAAGCCUUCAUAGCUGCAUCAUAUUCUCGAAUAAUUUAUCUAAGUAAUAUCUAUAUAAAUUAUAAAUAUACAAAUAUAUUUAUAAUACAUAGAUAACAAAUAUCUAAUAGUUAUAGUAUUUAACACUUGUUUUUUUACUAGACAUGAAUCUUUGUAAUAAUAGAAAGUAAUUUAAUACUUCAAUACUAUUACUUAUAUUUUCUUAUUUGAAAAUAUUACAAGAGUAUGAUAAACAAAAAUAAGAUUAGUUAAUCUUUUUUUCAAAAAUGAAUCCUAUUAAAUAUUUAUAUAUAUAUAUAAUAAUAAUAGGUUUCCAUCAUGGUUUAUAUUGAAUAUAAAAACAUUAAUGUUACAUUGCCAUUAUUUUUUAUCACCCUAUAAACUAUUACCGACUAUUAUUAUCUUCAAAUAAUAACCUAUAUUAAAAAUGUCAUUAAUAUAUGGAAUAUUAAGGGUGAAAAAAAUGUAACAUUUUUGUUACUGCUGCUUGUUUCUUAAAAUCUCAAAAAAAAGUUUUUUGAUAAAUUCACACUUUUUGAAAUAAUGAAUGUUUUAUGUUAAAUAAAUUACCUUUUAGAGUAUCUAGGUACUUUUUUACAUUAUUUCCUAAUUCAAUUUUAUUUCUAAGGACUCCAAGGUCUAAUUAUAUUAUACUUUUUAAUAAAUAAAUAAAAAAAAUGGAAAAUUAAUUAUGUAAGUACUGGUAAUUUGUAUGAUCAAUUUUAAUUUUAAUUUCAUCAUAUUUGAUAUGUAUCUUGAAUGUCUAUUUUUUUCGUAAUCAAAUAUAUUUUUUUUUAUAGUCAUUCAAUUGUUUUCUUCAAGUAUAAAUUUAUUGAAAAAUGUAAAUAUCUAUUAUCACUGUAAUACACUGCAUUUAUUAAUUAAAGAUUUAAGUUGUUAAUGUUUCAUGCAAACUGUAGCAAUAAUAUUUAUAUUGCUACUAUAUUAUUACUAGCAUCAUUGAAAUUAAUUAAAAAUAAUUAAUAUUCUUAUUACUUUAUUAUUCCCUGUUUUUAUUUAAAUACAUACAAUUUUAUUCAAACAAAAUAAUUUUUUGUUAUAAAAAUUAAUACAAUAUUCAUAAAUUAUGAUAAUACUAUAAUAAGACAAUAUUGUAUUACAGUUACAGGCUAUAACAUAAAAACUUUUAUUUUGCAUAAUAUAUUUAUUUAAAGAAAAUUUAACUUUUGAUUUUUAAAAUCUAUUUAGAUAAUACCAUAAAAAAAACUUUAAUAACCCGGUAUUUUAUAUUUUUUUACAGAUGUAGUAGCAGCAACAAGUUUAGGUGAAAAUGUAAUUGACCCUCCAAAAUCAUUAGGGGUUGAUGAUGGUUUUAAAAGUGGUGCCUCCGAAUGUGGUAAAUCUAUUGUAGCAAUGGCACACCAAAUGGUUUCGGGACGUAGGAUGUAUAAAGGACGUGCUUCAGGUCCCCAAGACUUAAUUAUUGCAGAACCUUCCACAUCUGUAUUAUCGAAACGACGGAAUAGCAAAUCGCUUCCUGCCAGUCCAUUGAGUUCGCCACCUGGAUCACCACGAUCUAUCCGCAAAAACCCCUAUUUUACAGCACCAUUUCAAGAAGAAUCUGGAGAUAAACAAGGUUCAUCAUGGAUAUUAUCUAACCUUUUUUCAAAAAGAGCUAAUUCACAAGAAGAAUUAUCUGAUAAAGAACAAAAACGUCUCCCAAAACCUUCAUCUUCCAGCAAUCUAUAUAUAAAACCUAAACCUACAGAAUUAAGAGAGAUGAACUUUUGGUCACCAACAUCAAUGUAA